AUGGUUCUCCUAUUGGCAUAACUGGCUGUAAUGUUGCAAACGACCCAAAAUAUGUGAUUAAUAUCCCUGUUGCUGACAUAUUUUAUGAUCCAGCAAUUUGGGCAAUUGGAUAUACAGGACCUUUAGCUCUUCCUCUUACAGCAUUGUAUAAUGCUGAUGUCAGAAUUGAUUUAUAUGAAGUUCAACAGUGGGUUCUAAUGUUUCAGAAAAAAUAA